CCCCGCUGGACGGAACGGCAGUUCCUCAAAAAUUCAAUAAUAGUAUGUGCCUUCUGAACUGACCUAUAUCAUCAAUACUCUUCAAAAUGGCUAGAAAAUGUCAUGAUCUAUCAUCCACGAGGGCCCAAGAUCGUGAUCCAGAAGUAUUCGACAGAGGAGAACAACAUAGCAAUAUUUCUAAGCUCGAACAGCAUUUUUUGUUGAAGAAACAGCUGUAUGAGGCUCAUUCCAAUCUUGAGGCCGUUUUGGAUGCUAUCCGACUUGACAAUGGUGAUGCGCUGAAUAUAAACCUUAUCAGGGAGAUUCGGGGUGGGGCUUCUGACAAUUCUAUUCUUGCUGCCGCUAGGCAGAUUGUUAAGAAAACGAAGCGAAGUCAUCAAAGGCCGCUCGAUCGUCCGAUAACCAAUCCGAUGUUAUCGGAGAUCGACGAACUAGAGGCUGUUGAUGCUAUGACUCAAUCGGCGUCGAAAAGCAUACAUGCGGAAGAAGCUAGCUCUGAGCAAUACUAGAAUCAUGAAAUGCAAAUAGUAUAAUGUUGCACAAGGAACUAAAUGUACACACGUCGCCUGAAUCUUGAAACACAUCUGUCUAUUACAUCUGGAGAACAAGGCAGGUCAAAACCACGCACACAUCGCUUACAUAAACAGAAUAUUACCAUUCAACAUGAUGGACAUCUGCCCUCGGAUGGCGUAAAUAUAUCAGAAAUGAAGCUCAUCAUGAACACAAAAACGCUAUUUUCUAGAUAGCGUCAAUACCUUUUUGGUAACUAGCACAUUGAAAGUAGCG